AUGUCGGUUCAAACAGCUACGUCAGUCAGUGCGGACAACAGAAUAUGUAAAAUGGAGGAUGAAUACAAAGAACAGGUACUAUUUUUUAUAAUAACUUAAAUUUAAGUAAAUAACCAAUUUCACAGAAUUUUUUAAUACUUAUUUUAUGUAGUGUUCAACUUUUUAGUUUAGAAAAACCGUCGAAAUUUGUUUUUGGUUCGUUACAUGCAUAAAUAACACAGCCACCCUCCAAAUAAUUUUUAUAGGCUGCAAAAGCGUUCUACCCAAAAGGAAACGUCUUAACACCAGAACAACGAGAGUUUUACGCCGAAAAUGGGUUUCUAAUUGUACGAAGUCUUUUGAAAAAGCCGGAGUUGGAAAAGUAUCGUAACCAUUUUCAAGAUGUGUGUAAAAAUCCAAAAAUACUGCCAAUUGAGACUUUGCUAAUGAACGAUGUUUGCACUGCAAAAAAAACGAAAGAACGCAACGAAAAUACCAUCUUGAGGUUGCAAGACUUCAAUAAUGAUCCAGUGUUUUUCUCGUAUUGUCAGCAUCCUGUGGUAAGUGCUUUACCGUGUAAAAAAGAUAAAAAUAUAAAAAACUAAAUAAUAAAGUUUUUGAAUUAAGUACCGUUUUACUGUUUGUAAUGAUUUUUUGUACUACAACUAUGUAUAUUGGAUGUUUACAACGUUGUAAUGCUAUGUACUAUAAACUUUUUUUUCAGAUUUUGGAUAUUGUUCAAGACCUAAUCGGCAAAGAAAAAGAAUCUAAUUUAAUGGCAAUGCACACAAUGUUAAUCAACAAACCCCCAGACCUAGACAAAACCUUGUCAUCUCGUCAUGCCCCACAUCAAGACGAAUACUUUUUCCCAUUUGGGUAGGUACACUUAUUGAUUUUUAUGUUAUAAACCAAACUUAAUCAUUUAAAUAGCAUAAAUUAAUUAAAAUUAACUUUUAGACCUUCUGACUAUAUCACAUGCGCAUGGACCGCCAUUGAUCGUUGUACGAAAGAAAACGGUACUUUAUUUGUAUAUCCAGGCAGUCAUAAGAUGCACAACCAACCUCAUGGGUAUCCAAAUUGGGAGAAAGGCGUGAACAAGGUUUUCCAACAAAUCUUAACUUUCGACACCGAAAACAACCCAUCGAUCGACGUGGAAUGCGAGCCUGGAGACACCGUAUUCUUCCAUCCUAACUUGGUUCACGGCGCCGGACCAAACCUUAGUGACGGCUUCCGAAAAACGAUAAGUUGUCAUUAUGCAAAUGCCGAUGAAUGUAGAUACAUCGAUGUGUCUGGAACAUAUCGCACUUCAGUUGCCGACGAAGUGGUGGACAUGUUUAAUGGGCGUUACAAAAAACUUGGAAUACCUUUGGCUAGGGAUUGGGGAGUAAGUGUAUUUUAUUAUCGUUAUAAUUUUUUUUUAAUUUUAAAAUUUGUAAUUAUUUUUUGAAACUAGCCACAACAAAAUUUUAAAUAUUAUUAUCUAAUAACUGAAAAAUUUUAGCAUUUAUGGAGGAUGCGUGCCCGCCCUGUCAAUGCAAAGAGAGCUCAUCUAUAA